AUGCAGAGGGUUAGUUCUGACCCGGACAAGCUUCUUGAUGCGUAUAAGGACCAUCUAAAUGACAACGGAGGCGUUCUAAAGGAAUCGGUCCGGCAACUCAUCGCUCUUAUGCUAGAUACCAGAGAUAAACUUGUCCCAAAAUGCCUUUCUCUAUGCAUAAUUGCGGCUUCUGAAAUUCAUGUUCAGGCCGAAUUGUGCCGAGAAGGUGCAUGGGAUAUCCUGCUUAAGUGGCUACAGGAAGCUCUUAAAGAGGAGAAUUAUGCCUUCCUAAUUGAGCUACUAAAUGUCUACCUCAAUCUCCCUGUUGGGCUUGACCAGCUCACGCAAAAUGUAUGCCCGAAAUUAAUUAACACACUCUCUAAGAGAUGUGAAAAUGAGACUGUCAGGGCGUUGGCCGGCGAGAUUGUAAAAAAAUGGAAACAGUUUACAGCCGAACCUCCCAAUAAAAAAAAGAAAGAAGAAUUGCCUAAUAAGGUUGUAAAUAAAAUGCCUGAUGAAAUUGAAGCAAAGAGUGAGCAAAAAAAGCGCACGGUUAAGAAGCCCCCGACCGUUAUGAGGACCGCUGGUAUAGAAGAAGUUGAGGCUAUACAACCUAAGUCCAGGUCUGAAGUUAUGUCCAAAAGGCCCGCGAAGCCCGAGCCGGAGAAAGUUCAAAUUGAGCCCAUCGAGUCUUUCCACCAAAAGAUCAUUGUAAACCCAGGAGAGCCUAAAAAAGGCAGGUUGUUGUGUUUUCAUAAUCUCUGCAGGUGCCCAUGA